CCUUUUUGUCCGAAGAGUGCUUUUGCGAGCCGCGCUUCUUUCGCCGGGAUCAAGCAAAAAAUAAAAUAUAUCCAAUCAAAAAUUCGCUGUUUGCUCGGCAGUUUUUCCACUGGCCAAGCUUGAUAAUUUUGUUUACGUUCCGCGCAUCAUCUGCAUCCGGUUGUUCCUGCUUUCAUCGCAUCGAGUCUGGCUAUGCUACCGCGCAAUAAAAUCUUUGUCGGCAGCUUGCCGCAGGCAACGAAGCCGGAAGAGGUUCGGCGCCUGUUCGAGAACUACGGCGUCGUGACGGAGUGCGACGUGAUGAAUCGGUGUGCCUUUGUGCACAUGCAAACACCGGAUAUGGUGGACAAUGCAAUUCAGGCACUGCACAACAGCGAUUUCAAGGGUGCCACCAUUAACGUGGAACGGGGCAGAACCAAGGAUCGUGGUGGUAGUGGAGGGGCGUCGUCCAGCGGUGGAGAGGGUGGCGGCCGUGGUGGAGAUGGUGGCGGUCGUGGUGGAGACGGCGGUGGCCGAGGUGGUUUCCAGCAGCAAACGAGAUCGAAUUUCGAUGACGGUCAACAGGAUCGCUCAGGAGGUCCUAUGAGAAAUAAUCAGAGUCGGGGUAACAUGCGCAAUCAGCCUUACGGCGGAGGUCGUGGUGGAAGCUUUGACGGGCAGAAUCAGAGUGGUGGCAAUUUCCGAGGCGGAUUCAAUCGUGGAGGAGGAGGAGGAGGAGGAGGAGGCAGUCGAGGAGAUUACAAUGACCGCGGCAGCGGUGGAAGGGGUGGAUUCAGCAGUGGUGGUGGUGGUGGUGGUAGUGGCGGCGGCGGCGGCGGUGGCGGUGGCGGUGGGGGCGGCAGCGGAGGUGGUGGUGGUGGUGGCAGUCGAUUCUCUGCUGGUGGACAACAGUUCAACAGUGAGGAUCGACGCGGGUUUGCAUUGCCCAAUGAAGGCGGAGGUAGAUUUUCUAGUCGACCUGGAGGACUGGCCAUUAGUCCGCUACUUGACCCGUACGCGCGCAGAAGCGUUGGAGAGGGUGGUACUACAAUUGGAGUAGGAGGAGGAGGAUAUGUUAACCGAGGAGUAUACAGCCAAGGUAAUAAUGGCGCGACACCCUUGGCAUCGUCCGAAUAUAAUCAAGCUUUCCCCCCGUUGGGAAGCGACAUGCCUCGCAAUCCAAACCGUGGUCCCCCAGAGCAACAGCCACCACAACAGCAACAGAGGUGGAUGCAGUAAUCGCAGUUUUCCGCUACCUACAUACACAUAUACAAGGCACACGCCAAUCCGGAGUGUGCCUGUGAGCUAACUUUGUAUAAAGGAAUCUACACACUGCUCAUUGUAGCUCGAACCCACUGAUGACUACCUUAUACAUUUAAUUUUAUAAUUAUAAUUUUUUCGUUUCGACGUUUUGCUGUCGAUUCAACAUCUUAGCUCCACCCAUGCACCAUUCUCUGCGCUGGUGCAUACAAUAAUCAACAUUUAGUUUUUUCUCUGUUUAAAGUAGACAUUUUCUAGCUUUAAGUUAGAGCUUUCGUGCUCACCAUAUGGAUAGUCUUUCUGUUCGUUUUUCAAAAACUGAUACCUACCUAUAGAAGUAUUCUUAACGGAGCACUCAGCGCCGAGAGGAGAAUUCGUCGGGUACCGAAAUGGCGUUGAUAAAACAAACAAAAAAUGUGGAAGUAACUUUAAGCAGUGUAAGUGUCAAAAUCAACAGAAUACCUACCGUUUACUUAUAAACAGAUCAGAAUUAUUUAAAUAUAAUCGAUAAACCUCUUAA